CUCACCACUCACUCUCUCAUUCUUCCUGCUGGAGGGAUGGCCCCUUACUACGUACUGGGCUGUGUUCACCUUCUGUAGGUGAGACACACUCACCACUCACUCACCACUCCCUCACCACUCACUCACCACUCACUCACACACACACUCACUCACACACACACUCACCACUCACUCUCUCGUUCUUCCUGGUGGAGGGAUGGCCCCUUACUACGUACUGGGCUGUGUUCACCUUGUGUAGUGCUCUCCCCGCCGCCGUGGAGGUGACCCUCAUCGUCUGCGCCAUCACCUGCAAGAGGAGGCCGCUGUGAAGCCUCCCCUCGCCUACAACCGCCCCCAGCUGCCCCUCACUGCCCUGGGCAUCCUUCCUCGCUGUGGUCACUCACAUGCCACGCCCCUCUCACUUCAUGCCACGCCCCUCUCACUUCAUGCCACGCCCCUCUCGCUUCAUGCCACGACCUUCUCCUGUCAUGCCACGCCCCUCUCACUUCAUGCCACGCCCCUCUCAGUUCAUGCCACGCCCCUCUCAGUUCAUGCCACGCCCCUCACACGUCAUGCCACGCCCCUCACACGUCAUGCCACGCCCCUCUCACUUCAUGCCACGCCUCUCUCACUUCAUGCCACGCCCCUCUCAUUUCAUGCCACGCCCCUCUCUCACGUCAUGCCACGCCCCUCUCACUUCAUCCCACGCCCCUCUCACUUCAUGCCACGCCCCUCUCUCACUUCAUGCCACGCCCCUCUCACUUCAUGCCACGCCCCUCUCUCACUUCAUGCCACGCCCCUCUCUCACUUCAUGCCACGCCCCUCUCACUUCAUGCCACGCCCCUCUCUCACUUCGUGCCACGCCCCUCUCAGUUCGUGCCACGCCCCUCACACUUCAUGCCACGCCCCUCUCUCGCUUCAUGCCACGCCCCUCUCACUUCAAGCCACGCCCCUCUCACUUCAUGCCACGCCCCUCUCUCACUUCGUGCCACGCCCCUCUCAGUUCGUGCCACGCCCCUCACACUUCAUGCCACGCCCCUCUCUCACUUCAUGCCACGCCCCUCUCACUUCAUGCCACGCCCCUCUCUCACUUCAUACCACGCCCCUCUCACUUCAUGCCACGCCCCUCUCUCACUUCAUGCCACGCCCCUCUCGCUUCAUGCCACGCCCCUCUCACUUCAUGCCACGCCCCUCUCACUUCAUGCCACGCCCAUCACACUUCAUGCCACGCCCCUUUCAUUUCAUGCCACGCCCCUCUCUCACGUCAUGCCACGCCCCUCUCUCACAUCAUGGCACGCCCCUCUCACUUCAUGCCACGCCCCUCACACUUCAUGCCACGCCCCUCUUAAUGCCACGCCCCUCUCACUUAAUGCCACGCCCCUCUCACUUAAUGCCACGCCCCUCUCACGUCAUGCCACGCCCCCUCUCGCUUCAUGCCACGCCCCUCGCUUCAUGCCCCGCCCCUCUCACGUCAUACCACGCCCUCUCACUUCAUGCCACGCCCCUCUCACUUCAUGCCACGCCCCUCUCAUUUCAUGCCACGCCCCUCUCACGUCAUGCCCCGCCCCUCUACCUUACCGCCUCCCUUUUUCUGACACCGCCCCCACCUUUUUUGACACCCGCCCCCAUUUAAACACCGCCCCCUCCCUCUUUUUUUUUUAACACCGCCCCCUUUGUAACUUCGCCCCGCCCACUUUCCCCAUCCACCCAUCUACUCCCGGAGGGAGGGGGGGGAUGAGGUGGGG